CACUGUGAUUAUUGCUAACCAAACACUGUCCUCUGCACCUUCUUAGCUUCCCUUGCAGCUGUUCUGUCUGAACAUAAGGCCGAGGAGAGGGCAGCUAGAGCAAAUAUUUUGUUUUUAGAUGACAAUUUAUCGUGAGUUUCGUGUUUUCGUACUAGCUAAAGCUAACUAGCAAGAUAUACUAUGCUACUUUGAAGCCGACCUACUAGCAAACAGCCAGUAGAGCUAGCUAGCUAAUGUUAACAGCUAACGUUAGCCAGGUACAGAGAUAGAGGCCACCACUAACCUCACAGUGAUAGCGUGGUGCUACUUUAUUGUGUGAUAUGUCGUAAACAUUGUACCGCAGGCUUUGACGUCCACUCCGCUGCUUGGGUUGCUGUGAGAUGAUGCAGUCAAGCAGGUCCGAGCACAGCCACAAGCGGCACUACAGUGAUAGAAGUUCAAGGCAGUGGGAUGACUAUGAUGACAGAUGGGAAGAACGGCGUGAACCUCACAGAGAUAUACUGCAGGAUUCCUAUCAAAAAUAUGGUGGGGAUGGACAGUGUAGAGCAGAGAGGACAAGGAGAAGUAGAGAGUACAGUGACUCGCCUAAGAUGCCGUACGGCAAAGACUCAUUGAACAGAGACUGGAGCAGAGAUGGAAAGAGCUCAGUGAGGAGACGCAAUUCUUCACCUGACUGGGGUAACUCUGAUCGGAAAAGGCGAAGGUAUACAGAGGAUGAUAAAGAUGAUUACAGAUACAGGCGUGAGCCUGAAGAUAAAACAAACAGACAGUCACCAGACAGUUUUCCACGUGCACAUGUAUCCAAGGAUUUUAAGCAUUCACUAUCACAAGAGGAGGAUUUCAAAUACAGGAAAAAACCUCAAGACUCCAGACACAGGUAUCGGCACGAAGAAUUCACCUCUAGGCAACAACAUGAUGAUUUAAGUUUCAGACAGUCAUCUAGAUAUCACAAAGAUAGAGAUGUUGAUGAAAGGAGCCGAGACUGCUCACAAGAGCGGACACAAUCACACUCUAUGAAGAGUUAUGCCAAACCCAGAGAGAGGACUGACAGCUCCAUCACAGAUCAUGAAGAUUAUCGUCAAAAUAGAAGAAGGUUUCCAGUGAAUGGAUCUAGUGGACAGGGAGUGCACUGGCUGCAUAAACCGACAGAGAGGCUGGCUGAAGGAUGAAUCCACUGGACUGGGAUGCUUACAGAACACCACAGAGAAAUCUGCACCCACAUCACCCCAGUGAUGUUAAUAACAUCAUGGAGAACACCCCAAGAACUAAUGAUAAGUGGGACACCUACUGUGAAUACUCAAGACACACUGUUGAUGAAGCACACAGCAGCAUGAUGGGAGUGAAUGUGGGAAGGAGGGUGAUCACUCCUCCCCCGCAUAACUUCUACAUGAAGGAGCCAGAAGUGGAGGACCCAGAUGGAGAACCACUUGAAAUGGAUGAAGAGGAUCCAGAGCUGGCGAGGAAGCGGAAAGAGCUCAGAGAGAUAGAGGAGCGGAUAAUGAUGAAGAAAGCCUCUAUUGCUCUGAAAACAGUUGAACCUUUUGGGAGGAAUACGACACCUCCAGAUUAUCCCCAUAAUGAACAAUCAGCCACAUGCAAACAUGCAUCUCUGAAAGACAGGGUGAAUGAAAUUUUGCGGCAGCGUCAUCCUCCUGGCUUUUUCUCAAAGGUCCACUCACUCAGAGAGAGAAUAAACUCAUCCAGCCUGAGCAAAGGUGGUUUGCUGCAGGACAACCAUCCACUGAAGCUCAGAGUGAAGGCAUUAAUGAAGCAGAGAUGUAGUGAUCCUUGUGUUUUACCAGAGAGCAGAGAGGUCCCUGACGUCACGCUGCCUUCCCCGAGUCAAAGCAUUACUUCACUAGCCACAAAGGACAGCGGCAUCAACGAGGGUUUCCAGCGCUUCCUCAGCGUGCUCAACAAAGGCGUGGACAUGGACUUCCUCAGUAGGAUUGUCAACGAUGACAGUGAUCUUCCGUUAGGUGGAGAGCUCCUGAACGUUCAGCCAUCUGCUGUGGAGAACAAGUCAGAUCCACCCUUCAGGAAGGAGAACCAGCAAUCAAAUUGUGGAGCCUCGCUGCCGGGCCACUCUCAGAUCAACAGUGGAAAGAAGACGACUGACCCGCCCAGUCAAGAGCGACCCCUCAAUGAGAGACAUUCGCUACCUGAUGAAGAGGAGAAGAAGAAUGUAAGAGAUUUUAGCUCCAGUAGGCGAUCCAGGUCUCCCUUGGCGGGGAAGAAGAGGACGAAGAAAGAAGAUGAAAAACCAAAGGUGAAGGAGCAGAGUGAACAGCUCCAGAACAUCCUUAAGACUCUGGGGUUGAGCCUGGAAGUGGAAGAGAUGAGUAAACUCGCAGACCGGACUCAGGAGAGGCUGUAUGGGAAGAAGCAUGAAGACACAAGCGCUAACAGCAGAGGAGAGCAGGAGAGUCAGCAGAGGGGCCCCCAAAGACAUUACAGUAACUCCUCCUCUUCCUCCUCCUCCUCCUACUCAAGGUCGACUAGGUCUAGAAGCUUUAGUCCCAGCCCGUCUCGCUCCCGCAGCAGAGAUAGGAAACGAAGGUCUGAGCGCAGCCGCUCGAGAGACAGGAGCAGAGAUGAACUGAACCGCAGAGACAGUAACCAGCACAGCAAAGAAGAACAGAGGUACGGGGAGAACAAGAUCUCUACUUAUGAACAUCCAUACCCACCGAACCAAAUGUAUCCACAUCCCCAGCCUGCUGCUUAUCCUCCGUAUCCAGAUUAUAGUUUUUCCCAGGACUCCCAGUAUACUGCCUACCAUAGCAGCACUUACAGCCAUGCUACAGAGUCUUACUCGACACAUACUCAGGGUGCCAUUGCUUCUCCCUCUUACCCUAGCAGCUCUCCUUAUCCACAAAACACCUACCAUCAAUAUCCACGCCCUGUAGUGGCACCUCACUUCAUCUACCCUCGUCCGAGCAUUCUAGACGACCUCAAUUUACUCGUGAAUCCAGACCUGUCUACGAGUGAAGGCCAAACUGGGUCCGUCUCUGGCCCCCGCUGCCUGCAGGUCAUCAGCACUAAGCAGCAGACAAGUGAAAGCUGUCUAAAGGGACUCACAAAAGGCCAUAAGAGGAAGGGGAAACCAGAAACCUGCUUGAAGAGGCAACGCACACGGUGGGCGAGGAGAAAAGAGAUGAUCAAACAACGAAAAAUACAAGAAAGAAUGGCAAGGCAGAAUCUAAAUCCUGUGGAGAUUGUGGAGGCUCCACAGCUCAGUGACAGUGACAGUGAAGGUGACCCUGAAGCCGAGCAGCCAGAGGAGGAGAAACGGCCGCCAACAGAGGAGGAAGUAAAGGCAAAACUGAGGAAAACGCUUGAAGCAUUUAACCAGAAGGUGAAGCAGAAAGUCCCACAGCCAGCGAACUCUCUGACCUCCAGUGACCAAUGACGGGUUAAAGUCUGUGGAGUGUCAGGAUUGUCUGAUCAUUUGAACCUGCUGUGAGCCCUGACGGACCAUCUGGACCUCAUGUUCAACAUGAAUUAUUUACACAUGCAGUUGAUGGUGUUAAGGGACCAUUUAGUGUUUUAGUUGUAUUUUCCGAUAUGAACUGAAUCAUCUUCGAACCCUAACAAGUAAAUAUUAUGUUUGUCAAAAGAUUAUUUUUGUGCCAUUCGUCUGCAGAUUGUGUUCUGACAGGUUUUACUUGUUUCUGUUCUAUAUUUCUGUAAAUGUCACCCCUUUAUAACUCUGUUUCUAUUUAGCCUUUUGUCUCUUGGUGCUGUAUAGAUUUGAUUAAACAGAAUAUGUUUUGCAGG